UAAAGUGAACAGCGACGCGACUGCGAGCGCACCGACCACACGAUGUCCGCGAUCUUUGAUAUCGAGCUGCAGGAUGCAGGACUGCCGCACAGGGACGAGUCGGAGGACGACGACAUCAUUGAGAUCGACGCGGAGGAAUGCGUCACGCUGAACGAGCAUGAGAUCGUAAGCUCGUCGGACGUGGUGGAGACGGUGGCGAUAUCGGAGCAUAACGUUAAUCGCACGCACGAAAAGGUCGGACCGCAAGACUUUGAAUUGUGCAAAGUUAUUGGAAAAGGCGGCUACGGCAAAGUGUUUCAAGUGCGCAAAAUAACGGGAAACGACAGCGGCACGAUCUUCGCUAUGAAGGUAUUGCGCAAGGCUUUGAUUGUAAGAAAUCAGAAAGAUACAGCUCACACUAGAGCUGAAAGGAACAUCUUGGAAUCCAUAAAGCAUCCCUUUAUCGUAGAUCUCAAGUAUGCCUUUCAAACUGGUCAUAAAUUAUAUUUGAUAUUGGAAUAUAUGUGUGGUGGAGAAUUGUUCCAUCAUUUAAACGACGAAGGAAUUUUCAUGGAAGAUACUGCGCGUUUUUAUUUAUGCGAAAUUACGUUAGCUCUACAACAUCUACACUUGCAAGGAAUUAUAUACAGAGAUUUGAAACCAGAAAAUAUUUUAUUAGAUGCAGAUGGACAUAUUAAAUUGACUGAUUUUGGAUUAUGUAAAGAGCAUAUACAAGAGGGUGCUCUUACACAUACAUUUUGUGGAACUAUCGAAUAUAUGGCACCUGAGAUUUUAACAAGAAGUGGACAUGGAAAAGCAGUAGAUUGGUGGAGUUUGGGAAGUUUAACGUAUGACAUGCUUACAGGAGCACCACCGUUUAGCUCAAACAGUAGGAAGAGAACUAUCGACAGAAUUCUACGUGGUAAAUUAUCUCUGCCAGCAUACUUAACAGCCGAUGCUAAAGACCUUAUUCGAAAAUUAUUAAAGAGGCAAGUUGCACAAAGAUUGGGAUCUGCUCAAUCAGAUGGUGAAGAAGUAAAGGCACACAAAUUCUUUAAACAUAUCAAUUGGAACGACGUUAUAUCUCGACAGUUAAAACCUCCUUUUAGACCAAAAUUGUCUAGUGAAGAAGAUGUAUCACAAUUUGAUAAGAAAUUUACUACUUCAGCACCAAUAGACUCUCCAGUAGAUUACACUUUGAGCGAAUCAGCUGAUGGGUUAUUUCAGGGAUUCACAUAUGUAGCACCAAGCAUAAUGGAAGAUGUAUUUCUUCAACAACCCUAUUUAAGUACCAUGUCAUCACCACGAGUCAUAAAAGCUAGAAGUCCUCGCAAAGCAACUCGUGGUUUUUCACCUCGGACGACGCAUCUUCAUUUUCACAAUACCCAUUUACCAAAUCACACGUAUAAUGUUGUUAGUCACAACAACGUGGAAGAUGCAGAGAUGAUUGAAAUAGGCUAACCAUUACUAUUAGACUAGUAGAUAGCAUUUUUGCCCAACUGCUGGAUAUUCAUAAUCCUCAGGGAGGGGUUUUAUAAUUUAGAGGGAAUAGUUAGGGAAUGGAUCCAGUAUCCAUAUUAUUACAUUGGAUA